AUGUCAACAAAUCUUAAGUUAGCAAAAUUCAUGGAAGACAUUAAUCCCAAUUGUCCUUCAAACUGUAAUGUUGUAGAAUCUAUAGAACAUAUGUUUUUUUGUCCCUUUGCCAAAGAGGUUUGGGCAGCUGAACCAUACCCAGUGAAUCUUCAAUUUCACAGUUCUAUAACUUUCUUAGACAUUUGUAAGGACUGGAUAGGUAAAAAGAACCCUAUUAUACCUGUAGAAAUUGCUUUGACAAAAGCAUGGUUCAUAUGGAAGGAGAGAUCUAAUCUAGUUUUUGAAAACAAACAACGGACAAGUGUUCAAUUGGGUACUGAAAUUCAAAGAUACAUAAAAUUCUGGUACAAGGAUCAUCCCUUACUAAAUCAAGUAAAAAGACGAAGAGAUAAGAAUAUUACCUGGAAUCCUCCUAAGAGAUCUCAGCUGAAAUUAAAUAUUGAUACAAAUUGGAUCUCUGCCAAUUUGCCAGCAGGUUUCUCUUUAAUCUUUAGAAAAGAUGCAGGAAUUCUUGAACAAGGAAGAGUAAGAGCAUUCACAGCCUCUACCCCUGAAGAAGCGGUAGCCCUAGAACUGUUGCAGGGAGCUAAAUGGGCGACAAAAAUUGAAUUGUCCAACUUUUCAAUAGAAGGAGACUGCAAGAACCUUUUUGAUUACCUUAAUGGAAAAGAAUCUUUUUUAGAAUGA